UUGAGCUAAACCAUCCACAAAAUUUGAGCGUUACUUUGCUGCAGAAUAUUACAAUACCAUUGCUUUAGAAACUAAGAAAACCAAUUCAGUUUAAAUCUGAUUUUUACUGAUUGUGUUGAGGUUUUAGGAAUAAAUUGCAUAAAUAGAGAAACACAAAAUGUUAUUCGCACUUUUCCUUAUACUGUUUGAGUUUAUCUUAUCAUCUCGAGCAGUUCAGACUUUGUUGAACAAAACAGACUCUCUCAACUCGUCUUCUCUUAUUGCGACUGUGUUGGGUGGCCACAGGGUCAUCAGGAGGGACUUUUACGUGCAGGUGAUAAUCAUGAGGGGCCCUGAUAUUAAGUCCUGGUGUGGGGGCUCAAUCAUUGCACAGAAGUGGGUACUCACAUCUGCUCAUUGUGUAAACGACAUAGAUACAUCAGAUAUUGUGGUGAGAUCUGGUGACUUCACAAACAUACAUGGGACAAAACUGAAAAUUGAAGUUGAUAUUGGAUAUAUGGAACCCGAAUUCUCAACCAACAAAAUAUGGCGUAUGACAAACGAUGUCGCCAUUCUCAAAGUGCGCAACCACACGUUCGCUUCUCACCAAAUUUUACCUCCUUGUCCUUUCUAUGUCACCGACUGCACUAUUCUCGGCUUCUGUGGAACGGGAAGUACCCAUUCCAACACACAUUGGGCUCCAAUUUCGAACGAGCUCAAAGAAAUUUUGCUGUUCCAAAAAGCACCCAGGUGCUGGGACUUCCUAACGGGAAACCGACCAGAUCUAUUAUAUACAAGGAGGCUGCAUGGUCGUAAUGUGGACAAUAUUUAUUACGGCGACAGUGGGGGACCUCUUUACGUGUUCGGAGAAUUUCCUGAAAACGAACCAGCAUGUGUUUAUGGAGUGGCUAGUUUCUUUGGUGGCCUAACAUAUUACGCUUUUGGCAAGAAAUGGUUUGACUGCUAUAUUGGAGGAAGUUUCUUCACAAGUGUGCCUCACUUCUCUAGGUGGAUUGCAGGGAUGAUUUUUUAUGAGGAAAAUGGUCAUUUCCAAGACGAAGAGUCACUAGACUACCAGUUAGCUAAUUUGUAGAACUUCAUAAACACUGAAUAUACAUUUUUCAGCCGCGGUGCUUCAAAAAAAAAUGUUUUUUUUUUCAAAUCGUGACUUCAUCAAUGUACAGUGCUUGGAACAGGCCAAAGUAAGAUUAAAGCUUGGCCUUAUUUGAAUACCAUGUUGCAACCGUGGUCAAAUUGUUAUGACUAUACAAAGACUAUAGUUUAUCCUGAUUACUAGAGUCAAAUUAUUAGGUUGUAGUAACCGCGCGAUCUCAAGGACCUUGCUUCAGCUCUUGUUGCGGAUAUAUUUGGUAGGAAUAUUAAAUAGAAAUGGAAAAAAAGUUUUUUUCUUUUUUUGCUAUCUUCUUUUUUUUUCUCUGAACUUAUCAUCAAACUCUCAGUAGCUGCGUAAUGUACUCUUAUUCUAUCCACUCCGUUCUCGUAUUUUGUAUAAACUAUUAGUUUGAGUUUGAUUAAAUAAUGUUCAAAAAAUAUUAUACAUAUAAUAUUAUGGAAAGAUAACUUCUCUUUAUUUUUCGUUUCCGUACCCUUAGUCAUAAAACAGUUUUCUUUUGCAAUGUUCUGUGGUGCCAUUGUAAUUA